CAGCCAAUCGGAGAGGAUGAUUCCUAUCACAUGGCCAGGAGGACCAAUCACCGACGAGCAGCAUCGCUUCACAACCAGACUCCAUUGUAUCAAUUUGUGUAUUCUUGCUUAUCCACCGAAAUCCAGGGCCAUCUGGGUAAACUAGUGUUCCAUGGCUACUAAGGUAACUGCUAGCCAAGACCUGGAUGUGUUUAAAGAGGAGAAAGAUGGUGUAUAUAGAGAAGUGGGUAACCAGGCAGUGUGGUCUCUGUCUUCUUGUAAAGCAGUUUUCAUGUAUGUACCAGGGUUUGGAGUAGAGCAGUUGAGAGAUGACUCAUAUGAUUCCUAUUGGCAGUCCGACGGUCCCCAGCCACACCUCGUAAAUAUACAGUUCCGACGUAAAACAACCAUAUACGAUGUCUGUAUAUAUACUGACUACAAAGCAGAUGAAAGCUACACACCAAAUAGAGUGUCAAUAAGAGCAGGAAGCCAUUUUAACGAUCUUGUAGAAGUUGAACAGAUAGAGUUCAGUGAACCUAUUGGCUGGAUAUCAGUGCCACUUAAAGACAUCAAUGGAAAACCUAUCAGGACAUUUAUGAUUCAGAUUGCUAUUUUAUCAAACCACCAAAAUGGUAGAGAUACUCAUGUCCGGAGAAUUAAGAUCAGAGCACCGGUGCAGAAGUGUCCAAAAUUCACCAGUUUAGAAUUUAAUAUGAGAGCUAAUCUUAGAUAGUAAAUAGAAAGUGGUAACACAUAAGUUUACAGUUAAAAAAAAGUCGGGAUCUUAGGGCUUCCAGGAUCUGAGGUUUUAAAGUGUAUUUUAUACUAUAAAGACAGGAGCUAGUGCACCAUGUGAUGAUAGAACUGAAAGUUAUGGGAAAAUGUUAGAAAAAAAUCUGUAAUGCAUAUUACACAGUAAUUACCACUAGAUACUGCUACUUGAAAGAAAUGCUAAAAAUACUGCUACUCAAAGAGAAAUGCUUAUUUCAGAGGUUAAUGUCUUGUCAGCAGUAAAUUUAUGAAAACUAACGAGUAUUAUGUUAUGAAGAACAUUUUUCAGGUUUGCACAAAACUGUUAGAAAUUUCAUAAAAUCUGCAAUUUUAAUAAUUGUUUUCUGAUGAAAAUGCCAUAAAAAUUAGUACCUAAUAAAACUUGUUGACAUAGCUACUGUUUAUAUUUGAUCUGCCAAAUCCAGGACAGUGUUUUGUAUAUUUUUCUUUCCAAAUUGUGCAUAAAUGAAAUAUGCUGUCUGUGUUCUUAAUUAAGUAAACUUUUGUGUAUAGAUAAUGAAGAAUGGAACAGUAUAGUUUUGUAUAACAAUCUAAAAUAGGAAAUUUGACUGAGGGGAGGUAACUCAAACAAUUGUGAAAAACUGAAAGACUGCAUUAGAAUUUUGUGUAUUCAGAGACCUGAAGGGUUUCAGAGUGAAUGUUGAUGAAAGAAAUGUAAUAAAAUUGCUGUCAGUUGUUAAAAAUUACAAAAUUCACACAUUAAAACAGAAAUAAUUUAACUUGUUAUAUGAUUGCUUACCACCAUUUAGUAAGCCAACCCUUUUUGUUGCUCUAAAGGUAGACCACAAGACAUAGAGGUAGUAUUCACGAUCUUCAACAAGAUGAUGGAUUUGACGUAGGAGAGUAAUUAUGUCUGAAUUCAGUCAUCCCUAGUCACUGAUUUAUUUUUGAAAUUAUCGCCGACUUUUAAAAAACCAGCUGAUAAUGGUGCAAAGUCUAGGGACACUGGUUAUUAUAACUGAAUGCAUAACAAAUUGUGAAAUCAUUUAUUUUCAUGGUAGAUUAAUUUGUGUUGUUGGGCCAAUCCACAGCAUGUAAUUUCAAGGAAGUAGUAAAUUUAAUUUAAUUUCAUAAUGAUUGAAAUACAUUUUUUGCAAACAAAUCAGACAAAUAAAACAGGUGUCAGCUGUCUGAGUCUGGUUUCUCUUCUCAAUAAUUAGUUUUCAUGCACAUGCAUUUAAAUUAUUUUUUAAAAAUAGGUAUACCAUACAUUCAGUAACUUCAGGUGUAUUUGUGUAGUUAGAACAUUUUAAGUAUGCUACAUCAUAGCUAAACUGAUGUAAUAAUUUGCUUUCAAAAAUAAUAGUUACAUUCAUGGGAUGAACCUGUUCUUAGCAUCAAUCAUUGAAGAAAAAAUGCUCAUUUAUUAUUUAUCUUUUAUCUAUUAGUUUUGAAUUUAUCCACCAUAUGUGUUUUUUUUUCAACUGCAAUAAAUGGACCAUAACA